UUAUUGCAGGUAAAUAAAAAUGCCUAGGUAUGAUGAUCGCCGCAGCAGUGGUACUCGCCUUUAUGUGGGUCACCUAUCAUCAAGGACACGAUCACGUGAUCUCGAGGACAUGUUUAGCAGAUAUGGGAGGAUAGGUUCUGAGUGUAGUGAUGAUGAUGUGGGAGAAAAUAGAGCACUUGCCAAGCCCUUGUGGUCUCUUGGCUUUUGCCUAACCUGGAGGUCUAUGGUGAGAGGGUGCCAUGGUGGAUUUGGCGAGUUUUUCUGUAGUGUUAUUGCGUGUUUUUAUCGAAAUGGAACAAACUCAAAAGUGGUGUUUUUGGUUCAACUGUGAGGGGCGAACUAUCAACCCUUCGAUAAUUGUGUCUUGAUGGCCUUACUGUUUCUGGCACCCGUUUGCGCAGAAUACGUGAUGUGGAUAUGAAGCGCGACUAUGCAUUUGUUGAAUUCAGUGACCCUAGAGAUGCUGAUGAUGCAAGAUAUUCAUUGAAUGGUCGAGACUUAGAUGGAAGCCGUAUCAUUGUUGAAUUUGCUAAGGGGGUACCUCGUGGCCCUGGUGGGUCUCGUGAUUACCCUGGAAGAGGGCCUACUCCUGGGUCAGGACGCUGCUUCAACUGUGGAAUUGAUGGCCACUGGGCCCGUGAUUGCAAAGCUGGGGAUUGGAAGAAUAAGUGCUAUCGUUGUGGAGAACGAGGCCACAUAGAAAGAAAUUGUCAGAACAGUCCUAAGAAACUAAGCCGUAGACCCCGUAGUUACUCACGCUCGCCUAGUCCCCGUCGUGGUAGAAGCAGAAGCCGCAGUUAUCACGCAAGGCACAAUGCCAGUAGAUCGAGAUCACCUGCAAAGAGAGAAAGGAGUUUGGAGCGUUACGAUAGAAGAUCAAGGAGCCCUAAGCGCCACAGGGGAUCUGCAUCACCAUCCGGAGGGAAGAAGCGUAGUCCGGUUCCCAAUGAAAGAAGCCCACCACAAGAGAAAGAUAGCCCUUCCCCAAGGGAUGCCAGGGGCAGGAACAACAAUGGUUCAGAUUACAGUGCAAGUCCGAGGGGAAGAAACAGAAGCCCAGAUCGUGAAGUUGGUGCUGAGGACAGGGCUUAUAAGAGCUCUCCGAAAGAGAAAGAGAACGGCCAGAGCCGCAGCCCUAGCCCAGCCCCUAGGGAUGACCGGAGCCCUAUUUACGAUGACGAGGAUAAUCAUGCUUCUCCUAGACGCAGUGAAUCAAAUUAAUCGAUGGUGGUUUGAAUUGGUAUGUCUUGGUGACGAAUCUCGGUUUGCAGGAACUUGAGUUUUUAUAUCUUGGAUAACUUCCUAUUUCUUGAACAUCAAGCACUAUUAAGAUUUAUUGUUCUCUAUUAUUUUGCCUUUGGUACUGCGAUAAAAACAUUUCAUCAUUUGACUGUCGUAGUCACUGAUGGAUCUGGUGCUACUACUCGAAUUUGAAUCUACCAAUUUGUGCUAAGGAAGGGUGUUUCUAGUUUUGUCA